UCACAAAUGCUAAUCUUUCUGCUACUUUCACAAAUGCUAAUCUCACAAAUAAAUGGAUUCUCACAUGCUAGAUGCUACUAUGCUGCUGCCUGCUGGUGAAGAGAAAAGAAGAGGAAGACAGGAGCUCUGCUGGGUCUCGCCUUUCGGGAUGGAGAGAAGGGAAGAGGAGGCUGCUGGAGGCGGAGGCGGCGGGGGGGAGAGCUACUGGGGCCGGCGGGGAGAGCUGCUCGGGCCGGCGGGGAGGGCUGCUGGCGGCUGCUCAGAGGAAGACGAGAGGGAGGGAGGCUGCUCGAGGCGGCGGCGGGGAGCGCUGCUGGGGCCGGCGGGGAGCGCUGCUGGUGCCGGCGGGGAGCGCAGCUAGUGCCGGCGGGGAGGGAUGCUGGCGGCUGCUCACUGCUCAGAGGAAGACGAGAGUCGAAAGGGAUGGAGGCAGGCAGGCAGGUCUCGAAUUUUUUAGGGUUGUUGGGUUGCUGCGGGCUGCGGCAGAGAGUGAAAGGAAUUGAGUAUUGACAACUCAAUCCGCCAAAACCCUUCACCUUCAGUGCACCGCGUUUUACUCUUUUUUUUUUUUAUAAUCGGUAUUACGGUAUACCGAUAUACCGUCGGUAUCUACCGACUCCUAUCCGGUAUUACCGAAUGUAAAAUAACGCCCCCGAAUACCGAUACCGACGGUAUUCGGUAUACCGAAUACCGUCGGUAUCCGGUACGGUAUCUGGUAUACCGGAUACCGGUUUACCGAUUACCACCCCUAGCAUUACCUUUCGAUUUUGGAUAUCUUACUUGGUACUUUAUCUUCAAUGACAUGUAUUGUUGCAAUUGAUCUGGACGGUAACUCGAAAGGUAUUUCUAUUUAUUGACAGGAUUGUAUUUCUUUUCCUAGAAAGGCGAAGGCUUUAUUGCACCCAAAGACGAAAGGAGAGGAAAAAAGGAGUAGUAAAAGUGGACUGACAUAAAAAAGAGAACCACAACAAUAGUUGUUGUACAAUUAGCAUUGAAACUCUACUCAAAAUUAUGGUGUGGCAUCAAUACCUUAGUUGUUGACAGGGGCAACAAGCAAACAAGAAAACUAGAUGCUACACACAAUUAGGAGUAGCCGUACUAACACAGGAGCGAUUUUAGAAAGUGGUAGCAUUAUUAGGCAAGUGGUGCGUGUAAUCUUAUUGUACUAAUAAUUUUAUGUUGCUCUGCUUGCAAUGGUUCAACGACUUAUCUUCAAAUUACUAUUGUGUUCUUGGUCUAUCUCCGACCAACGAGGCCCACAUGCUAAUAGGUUGAUAUUAUUAGUAAGAGUUCCACUAUCAAUUUUUUCUGGCUACCUCCGGCCAAGGGGCCGGGUCAUAAGCUAGUAUUAUACAAUAGCUCCAAAGCUUCCUUAUCUUCCCAUAUCCUGCUCCUCAUCCAUGGCUCUUCAAUAUUUUCCUCGCGCACAAUUGCUCUUCCCAUAUCUCUGAGUUGAUCAUGCAUUUGAAAUUUAUUGCGGUCCACAAUUUUGAUCAUGGAACGUUGGAUAAGAAUAUUGAUCGUACUAACUGGAUGGAAUUGGAGUUCACUCCACAUGUAAGAAGGCUUUUCUUUUUCUGUACCGAUGAAGAAACAAGCAAUAUCUAAAAAUAUUUGUUUGGCUGCAUAUCCCAGUGCAUCGUAACUUAUCUUUAACCGGUCUACUACUUCUUUCUCAGGUGUUUCUUUUAGUUGUGCUAAUUUAUCCUCCCAAAUACACUUGUCUUCUCUAAACAAAAGUGAGCCGACAACCUUAAGAGUUAAUGGAAGUCCUCCAGUAGCCGAUACGAUUUUCACUGAUAUAUUUUCAUAAUCUGGUGGAGGAGAAUUCCCUUUAAAAGCAUGUAUGUUGAAGAGCUGGAGCGAGAGUUGUGGGCUCAAUUCUCCCACCUCAUACAACUUGCAUUGAUUUUCAUUGAAAGUACUCAAGAGUUUCAUAUUUCUCGAAGUAAUGAUAAACCUACUUCCAGAGAUAAAACUCUUAGACUUUCCCAAAAUGUCUUCAAAUGUGAACUUCUCAUCCACAUCAUCAAGAACGACGAGAACUCUGAACUGUGAAACUCUAUCACGAAUCAAUUUCUUUCCUUCAUCUACACUAUCAAUAGAUCCAACAUAAUCCUUUCUCAUAACAGUAGUGAUCAACUUCUUUUGCAAAGUGAUGGUACCAUCCCUUUGCUCUUGUGUUUCUCUAAUGUUUUCCAGAAAACAACAUCUAUCAAAAUGCGUUGAAAUUCUGUUGUAGACGGCUCUUGCAGUAGUAGUCUUACCGAUACCACCAAGCCCAUGAAGGCCAACCAUUAUCACACCUUCGGAAUCUAAGCUUAGCUUAUCUACCACCGCAUUUACACAAUCAUCAAUUCCAACCAACUCAUUGGUAUCCAUAAGAGCAUUGUUUUUGCUUAGAUGUGACCAUACAAUGUCGGAAACACAAUCCGCUAUACCUCAUCAAAUAUGCUUUGUGAUUAUAUGAACAAAUUAACCAACCAAAAAUAU